AUGGCCGCCUCCACCAUGUCUGUCUGCUCUGAUGCUUGCACCAACUCCUCCUGGCAGGUGGAUGAUUGCCCAGAGAGCUGCUGUGAGCCCAGCUGCUGUGCCCCAAGCUGUUGCCAACCCAGUUGUUGCCAGUCCAGCUGCUGUGCCCCCAGCUGCUGCCAGCCCACUUCCUGCCUGACCCUCGUCUGUACCCCAGUGAGCUGUGUGUCCAGCCCCUGCUGCCAAUCUUCCUGCUGCACACCCUCAUGCUGCCAGCAGUCUAGCUGCCAGCCAGCUUGCUGCACCUGCUCCCCCUGCCAGCAGCCCUGCUGUGUGACCCUCUGCUGCAAGCCUGUCUGCUGCACACCCAUCUGCUGUGGACCAUGCUGCCAGCAGUCUAGCUGCCAGUCCUCAUGCUGUCAACCCCCCUGCUGUGUGCCUGUGUGCUGCAAGCCUGUCUGCUGCACACCCAUCUGCUCUGGGUCAUGCUGCCAGCAGUCUAGCUGCCAGUCCUCCUGCUGUCAACCCUCCUGCUGUGUGCCUGUGUGCUGCAAGCCUGUGUGCUGCACACCCAUCUGCUCUGGCUCCUCUUCCUGCUGCCAGCCCUCCUGCUGUGCUCCUGUGUGCUGCAAGCCUGUGUGCUGCAAGCCCUGCUCCAGCGUGUCCCUGCUGUGCCGCCCUGUGUGCAGACCUGCCUGCUGUGUGCCCACCUCCUCCUGUUGUGCUUCCUCCUGCCAGCCCAGCUGCUGUCGCCCAACCUCCUGUGUGUCCCUGCUGUGCCGCCCUGCCUGCUCCAGACAGGCCUGCUGUGGCCAGAAGUCCAGCUGCUGA